AUGGACCGGUCGAUGUCUUUCCACACAAUGAACCUAGAGAGAAUUCCAGACCUCAAGGUUCAACGAACUCAAAGCUCAAACAAGGGAGAAAUAGUGGACAGUGGCACUCUCCGAAAUAGCCGACUGGCUAAGAAUCGAACACUCUCCGACAUAGCCGACUGGAAGAGAAUUCAAGACCUCAAGGUGCAACGAACUCAAAGCUCGAACAAGGGAGAAAUAGUGGACAGUGGCACUCUCCGAAAUAGCCGACUGGCUAAGAAUCGAACAGUUGGCACUCUCCGAUAUAACCGACUGGCCAGGAAUCGAAGCCGUUGCCGACUGGCCAAGAAUCGAAGCCGUUGCUGA